UUAUUAAGUGUUUCGACGCGCCAGCAAACUGUUCGCGAACUUCGCCGCCGCCUGCACCGCAAAAGCCCAAACCAAAUAAAAAAACAGGGCGCCAAGUCCUAAAAAUAAAAUAAAGAAAUUGCCAAACCACCGGCAGGUGGAGAAAAUUGUGAACUUAAUUCAAUUUACUCGGGCAACACAACUCCGAGUAUUCGGUGGUUCGGGCUAUGCAAACGAGACGAGCGAUUAUUCAAUCAAAAACUCGCGCUGCUACGUGAAUUAAGUGAAACACAAUUGCAGAAAUCAGUGACAGCCGCAGUCGCAGCCGCAACCAACAAACAAAACAAAAAAAAUACAAAAAUAAAGUGUAAACAUAACAACGAAAGUAUUGCAAAAUGCGCCUGGCAGUUGCAGGCUCGAUGCUGCCACAGCAACUGGUGAUGUUGCUGCUGCUGCCACUUGCGGCAAUAGUUGCUGGCCAUAGCAAUUACAAUUCGGUUUACAACGAAGUGAUUACCCCGGAGCUCAAGCAGGCGAUUGAUAAGGAGCUGCCCAAGCAGGCCAAGUUCUUCGAUGAGCUGGAUUUGAUACCGCAAUCGUGCCGCUUUCGUGGUCACAAAUUCGAGUGCGGCCUGUCCAUUUCAUGUGUCUUGGGCGGCGGCAAGCCCCUGGAUCUUUGCUCCGGCGGCAUGAUCUGGUCGUGUUGCGUGGACAAAGAUCUGGAUGCCGAAGAGAGUCCACACGCUGCUCCAGUCAACAACACGAGUGACAUAAUACACUUGCAUGACAUAUACCCCGAUCUGUCGCCGAAUGCAAAUAAGCCGCAUCCACAGCAGCAGCAGCACCACCUGCACCACAACGGCCUGUCAGCGGCCUCGUCCACGACCUCCUCCUCCACCCGACCAGCCUAUCCUUCCGGGAACUACUACAGCACCAAGCGCCCCACCUUGUACAGUGGCGGUAAUCCCUACAAGCCGGUUGCUGGUGGCGGGUCCAGCGGAUCUGGAUCUGGUCACAGACCGUCGUCGUCAUCCAGUCUGAACAGCUGGGAGCAUGAAACUGGAGGUCACACCAUCAACGGGAUCACCAACCACCUGGAUAGCUUCUUCGACGCAGAGGCCCCGCCGGGAGAUGUGCCACCUCCGCCCCACGAGCCCCUUCCCAAUGCCCAGGCCUUCGCGGUGGGCAAUGUAUUGGAUUUGAACGCGGGAGAAGCUGCAGAUGAAUACCAAAGCGGUGGUGGCGGCGGAGGCUACCAUGAUGCCAACUAUCGUCCAGUGCCGGGUUGCGGAGAGGUCUUCACCCGUUCUAAUCGCAUCGUGGGCGGCCACUCCACGGGAUUUGGAUCUCAUCCCUGGCAGGUGGCUCUGAUCAAGAGCGGAUUCCUGACAAGGAAACUCAGUUGCGGUGGUGCCUUGAUCUCCAAUCGAUGGGUGGUGACCGCCGCCCAUUGCGUGGCUACUACCACCAACUCCAACAUGAAAAUCCGUCUUGGGGAAUGGGAUGUCCGUGGCCAGGAGGAGCGUCUGAACCACGAGGAGUACGGAAUAGAGAGGAAAGAAGUCCAUCCCCACUACAAUCCCGCUGAUUUUAAGAACGACGUAGCCCUGAUCCGACUGGAUCGCAAUGUGGUUUACAAACAGCACAUCAUCCCCGUCUGCCUACCACCUCCGUCCACCAAACUGACGGGGAAAAUGGCCACCGUAGCGGGAUGGGGGCGGACGCGACAUGGCCAGAGCACGGUGCCCUCUGUGCUGCAGGAGGUGGACGUGGAGGUCAUAUCCAAUGAUCGCUGUCAACGAUGGUUCCGGGCGGCAGGACGCCGUGAAGCCAUUCACGAUGUCUUCCUUUGCGCAGGAUACAAGGAGGGCGGAAGGGACUCCUGCCAGGGCGACAGCGGCGGGCCGCUAACCCUGACCAUGGAUGGUCGGAAGACGCUCAUUGGUCUCGUGUCUUGGGGCAUCGGCUGCGGACGGGAGCACUUGCCCGGAGUCUACACGAAUAUACAACGCUUCGUGCCCUGGAUCAAUAAGGUCAUGGCCAAUGACAACAAUGCGUAGUCGAGCCACUGACCCAUGAACCCUAAACCGGAAGACUGCAGUCACCGCUCGAGUAGUUCUGCAGUUGUGUGCGUCCGCUGCCGAGAUGCAUCCCGUCAGCCAGGCCAUGUGAUUCCUCUACGACUCGGGGUUGCUAGUGUAUAAGACCCAAGGUCCUUGUGGCCCUGUAUUUAUUUUACCUAUAUUCAACCACUCCAAAAAGGGAUCCCAGACCCGAAUCCUGUCGCCUUCAUUCGUUUCUCAUUGCAUAACUAGGAUUUCGGUUUAAGUUUUUGAUAUUUAUUGUAUUUUGUGACGAAAGAUUCCUACAUUCGAUAGAUUCCAUUCACAAACUUAUUUAUAAUUACAAACUAUGUUUUAAUAUACUAUUAAAAUUUAAUAAAAUAUUUAAA